AAAGGGCAUGUGUUGGCAAAGCCGAAGCAUCUCACUAACACUUCCUAUCGUUCUCUUUGUGUUUGUGAGCUCAUUUUUUUGCGAAAAAAAUUGGUUUUUUCUUUCAAUUAUUUAAAAAAAAAAAACAUGUAUUCUCAUAAUUAUCGUCGAUCACAACAACAUCAUCAUCAUCAACAACAACAACAACAUAAACAGGGCCCAAAAGAAUCACCAAUAAAAUGUGUUUACAUUGAUGGUUUGGUUGUAUUGAAAAUCAUUAAACAUUGUCAUGAAGAAGGUAGUUCAAGUGAAGCACAAGGCGUACUAUUGGGAUUAGUAUUUGACAAUGUAUUGGAAGUGACCAAUUGUUUUCCAUUUCCACGAUCAAAUGAUGAUGAAGAUAAUGAAGAAGCAGCCGAAUAUCAAUAUACUAUGAUACGUUAUUUGAAAAAUGUGAAUGUCGAUCAUUUACAAGUUGGAUGGUAUCAAUGUAGUCCAUAUGGUAGUCAAUUGAAUAAAAUUGAAACAAUCGAUUCCCAGUACAUGUAUCAAGGAACAAUUGAAGAAUCUAUUGUUUUGCUUUUCGAUCCAAUUCGUGCACAACGUGGUUUUCUAUCGUUGAAAGCUUAUCGUCUUACAAAAGCGGCAAUGAAUCUUUGUAAAGAAAGUGAUUUUAAACCCGAAACAUUACGACAGAAUAAAAUGUCAUUUGAAAAAUUUUUCGAAGAAAUUCCCAUCAUUAUUCGUAAUUCACAUCUUUGCAAAGCACUAUUAUUGGAAAUUGAUGAAGACAUGCCCAUCGAUGCUGGCCGUCAAUUGUUGGAUAUUGGUGGAUUUUCUGUAGUGGAAAAAAGUCUUCAAUCACAUAUAAAAUCAGUGGAAGAUUUGAAUAAACAAACAUCGACUCUGCGUAAUCAAAUUAUUAAACAGCACGAAAUUGCACGAGAAAAUAUGAAUCGAUCAUUGGCAAAAAUGCCUCCGAUGACUGAAGAUGAAAUGGCCAAACUAUUGAAAUCAUUUAAAUUGACACCAUUACAGCAUUUGGAAAAUCUUCUCAACUAUUCACAGACACACAAUUUCUGUCAACAAUCAUCAUUAUAUUCUACACAAAAUAUUGGUAAAUUGUUUAUGGCUAAAGCUUUACAUAAUAAUAAUAAUAAUAAUUGAAUUGAAUUGAAUUGAAUCUAUAUUUUUACUGAAAUUACUUUGUAUGUGGAAUUUGAAAUUUAUUUCAAUGAUGAAUGAAUGAAUAAAAUGAAUAAAUAUUCUGACUAGAAUCAUGACAA